AUGAGUAGCAACACUGAUUGAAGAUGAAUAUAACAAUGCUGAUUACAUAUAUUACGAGAGACAAGGAGAGAGGGUAAUAGACAGUUUUAGCUUGUAUUUUAAUACUGGAAAUUGUUUUGUUUGGGUGCAUAAGAUGUCAGGGUGUGUGUAAUGGGAAUCAAGGAAUCAAACCUCCAGAUUUCCCACGUGCAAAUUCAUGGAAUCAUCUGAAUAAUCUUAUCCUCAUCAUUCACAGAUUGAUUUUCUGGUGGUGCUCUUUGCUUGACUUUGAUUGAGGCCUUCAUAUUGAAAAGGGGAAGUCUUAUUUGAAUUUUAGGGAGGAAUUUGGAUUGGAGCUCUUUGGGAGUUUUCUCUGAACUAUGGAAGCACCUGUGAGGCAGCAAAGCUUCUGUGAGAAGAAGAUGACGAAGCAGUUGACAGGGAAGCGGGAAGAUGCACCCUUGCAUUUGGCAGCAAGAACAGGAAAUUUGGGAUUGGUGUUAGAGAUCAUCUCAAAUUGUGGGGAGGCAGAGUUGGAUGAAGUGUUGAUGAAGCAGAAUCACUCGGGUGAAAUCGCCUUGUAUGUGGCGGCUGAGUGUGGCUAUGUUGAUGUGGUGAAGGAAAUGAUGAAGUACUGUGAUGCUGGUUUAGCUAGUAUCAAAGCUAGAAAUGGGUUUGAUGCAUUUCACAUUGCUUCCAAGCAAGGCCACUUAGAGGUAUUGAAGGUACUCAUGGAGGCAAUACCAGAACUUUCGAUGACGGUUGAUCAAACAAACACCACAGCACUGCACACUGCAGCAGCGCAGGGUCACAUUGAAGUAGUAAAUUUCCUUUUGGAGAAUGAUUGCCGCUUGGUAUCCAUAGCACGAAGCAAUGCAAAAACUGCCUUUCAUUCUGCAGCAAGAAAUGGGCAUUUAGAUGUCAUCAAGGCACUCUUGAGAAAAGAACCUGAAACUGCAACGAGGAAGGAUAAGAAGGGGCAGACAGCUCUCCAUAUGGCAGUUAAGGGACAGAAUGUUGAGCUGGUGGAUGAGCUAGCAAAAGCGGAUCCUUCUAUGAUAAACAUGGUGGAUAACAAGGGUAACACUGCCUUGCAUAUAGCAACCCGGAAGGGUAGAGCUCAGAUUGUUCAGCAGCUGUUGGGUUACAAGGGAAUUGCCACGACUAUCAUUAACAAAUCUGGUGAAACUGUUCUUGACACUGCUCAGAAAAAUGGGCAAUCUGUAAUUGCUGCCAUUCUAGAAGAGCAAGGCAUUCAAAGUGCCAAAUCCAUGAGACCACCAACCAUAAUGGCAAACCGAGAGCUCAAACAAACUGUCAGUGACAUAAAACAUGAGGUGCAUGACCAGAUCAAGCAAACACGGCAUACACGAAAGCAAGUGCAUGGUAUGGUAAAACGGCUCAGCAAAAUGCACUCGGAUGGGCUUAACAAUGCAAUAAACUCCACCACAUUUGUGGCUGUCCUCAUUGCCACCGUUGCCUUUGCUGCAAUUUUCACAGUCCCAGGCCAAUACCCCAAAGAAGAGGAUAAUCUGCCACCUGAAUACUCUCCUGGAGAAGCGAACAUUGCUCCAAAAGCCGAGUUUAUAGUCUUCUUCGUCUUUGAUUCUUUUGCACUCUUCAUAUCUUUGGCUGUAGUGGUGGUUCAAACUUCUAUUGUUGUUAUAGAGAGGAAGCAAAAAGAGCAGUUGAUGUCAAUCAUAAACAAGCUAAUGUGGAUGGCUUGUGUGAUGGUUUCGGUUGCAUUUCUUGCACUGUCUUAUGUGAUUGUCGGAGAGAAAGAGAAAUGGUUGGCUGUUGGAGUAACAGGUAUAGGUACAGUGAUUUUGGGAAUGACAUUGGGAACAAUGUGUUAUUGGAUGGUUGUGCAGAGACUUGAGGCUUCAAAACUUCGUAGCAGCACUCGAAGAUCAUCAAUGAGCACUAGGUCACAUUCUGGGUCUUUUUCAGUGAUGUCAGAUUCUGAGCUCAUCAACACUGAGUUUAAAAAGAAGAGAGUGUAUGCAAUUUGAUAUAGCUCAUAUUAAGACAAAAUGUCUUCGAUUGAGCACAGUUACAAGUAGUCAAGUAGCACUUGAUCGAUGUACCUAACAAGGACAGCCGGUUAAACAUGUAACAGCAGAGACUGGUAAUGAUUUGUAUAUUGAUGAAGGAUAAAAACUUGUCACCCAAGUAGUUUGGGUUCUCAGUGUAUAUGUUGUGACAUGAAUCAACUUAUCAACAACUAUGGCAUGCCCUCCUGAGUAACUUCCCAAA